GUCUGAAUAUAUUACGCCAUGAGUUGCUUUAUUAAACGUUAUCGUUAAAUGAAACAGUUCACAAUAUUAAAUCAUCUCCUCUGUUGUAACUCGGUUAGUUUAUUCAACGAUCAAAUACCUUCGCCACGCAUUUGAAUAAUUAAAAAAAUCUUUGCAAUUACUUGAUUAACCUUAAUUUUUUAAUCGGUUAAAAAUGAGUCAAGUUAAAAGAGUUCUUGUUAUUUACACGGGCGGAACUUUUGGAAUGUUGAAAAAUGAAAAAGGCGUACUAGUCCCACAAAAAAACAUCGAGCACCGGGUGAUCAGAAAACUAUCGCAGCUUCAUGACGAUGUCUAUUGGCAGAAACACUUGGCCAAGACUGACAAAGCAGAAUAUCUCGUGCUACCAGAUGGCAAAGACACGGAAAUCAAAGUUUUAUACAAAAUUCUCGAAUAUGACGAAUUGAAAGAUUCAUCGGAUUUCAUGAUAGAUGAUUGGCUCAAAAUGGCUCGCGACAUUAAGAGGUUUUAUCAUGACUACGAUGGUUUUGUGGUACUCCACGGGACGGACACGACAGCAUACGGUGCCUCGGUGUUAUCUUUCAUGUUGGAAUCCGUUGGAAAGACCGUGGUUCUCACUGGAGCACAGGUGCCGAUCUUCCAACCUCGCAGCGAUGGUAACAAUAACAUUCUAUGCGCGAUUUUGAUCGCAGCUACAUUACACAUUCCGGAAGUUACAGUAUUUUUUGGCGCUAAACUCUUCAGAGGAACUAGAGUAAAAAAAGUGUCAAACACAAGAAUAUACGCAUUCGACUCCCCGAAUUUCCCUGCACUUUUGGAGGCGAAAACCACACUUGAAGUUGAUCCCAAAAUGCUCAUCCACCCGCCUGGCUCCGUUCCCGAUGAAUGCAGGUUGCAUGACAAACUCGCUCAAAAAGUGUACGUGUUAAAAGUAGCACCCACCAUUACCCCCGAAAUCAUCAGAGCGGUCUUCCAAGGAAUGGAAGGUGUAGUCCUUGAAACGUACGGUAACGGCAACAUCCCAAUCAAGCGCAAAGAGAUCUACAGGGAGAUAGAGAAGGCAGUGAAGAACAACGUCCUAGUUGUCAACGUGACGCAGUGCAUCAAUGGAACGGUGCUGGGGAAGGCUAUCUACGAGACUGGACUUCUAUUGGUGGAGUGCGGUGUAGUGCCAGCUUUCGACAUGACCGCCGAGGCAGCGCUCGCGAAACUCUCCUACGUCCUCACAAAAACUGAACUUAGCUAUCAGGAAAAAGUUGAACUAAUGAAAACUAACAUACGAGGAGAAUUACACAAUCCAAACCAUUGACGAACAGAAACAGAUUUUUUUAGUUUAAUAAGAGUUUAAUUAUAAAAGUAAAAUAAAUUAUAUUACUAUAGUACCUA